AUGAGGCGAUAUCAUCAUCGAAGGUUUGGCUUACAGGGAAAAACUAGCGAUCACUUGGUCAAGUACUGGGCGGGCGUCGAACCCCUCAACGACUCGCUGUCUAGCAUCUUGAGCGACUUGAUCCACUCUGGAAUUCUGGGCAAGGAAGGUUCCGUGUACGGGCAAAUCACGACGGUCAACAACCUCGCGAGACCGUUUGCCGGCAUUGUCUACAAGUACGCCGCCUCGUUCUUCAAGAUGUCUCAGAACGACCUCAAGAACGUGGUGACCGCAAAGUCACAGCACGUGGCCAAGAAGGCCACGAGGAUCGCCCCUGCCUCCUGUAUCCACUUCUACUGGGGGCAGCAUGCUGACGACGAAGUCCUCCUUAGCAGCAUCUCUGAUAAAGAAUGUAAAAGUCAGCCUGAACCUGCCCCAGGCACCCUUGUUCAGAAACAGUUAAAGCGAGACAUCAACUACCGAAUGCAACACAAUUCCAACUCGCCCGAGCAAUGA